AUGAAUAGGAAUCAAAGGACACGAGUUAUCCCACCGGAUUUGGACACACUUUUGACGAGAGCCGUGACUCGAGUGAUUGGUCAAGAAAGAGGGAUUGCACAGGCAAUGAAUGUCGAUAAACCGAAUCAAAAGCUGCUGCCCGUCGAACAAUCGCUAAAAAUGAAACUAUUAGCCGAACAGAUUGUGCGAAAAGUUGAGAGGAAAUACGAGGAUCGAAUGAGAGAAUCCAGAGACGCGACAAGGAGUGAAGUGGAUCGACGAUUGGGCGAAAUGCGAGAUGAAUAUGAGGCCGAACGAUCGGUGAUUCGAGCAGAUUUGGAGAAAGAAAGGAGAAGAAAUGAGGAGAAAAUGAGAGAACGCGAGAGGAAUGUUCGACACCAAAUCGAGUACAAAAUAAGGGAACGCGAAUCAAAGCUUGAAGCAGAUCGUCUAACCCUCGAGAAUCGUCUUUCCGAGUUUCUCAACGCAAAAGAGCAAUUCGAAAAACUCGCCGACGCGGGAUCGCAAAAUUUCGAGCUUCGUCAGAAACUCGAUGAAAUGCUGGGGAUUGAGAACGAUUUAUCCAGCACAAAAGAACAGCUAAAGCGAUGUGUUAAUGAGAAUCGAGAACUUGAGGAAAAAUUGCGAUCAAAAGCCGAUUAUCAAGGAUUGAAAGAUGAGAAUCAGCGAUUGAAGCAACAGAUCGUUGACACGAUUCGUCAAUCGGGCGACAACUCGGCCAGUGUUGCGCGACUUGAGUUGAUGCAAAGGGAACACCGAGCAGCUGAAGAAGCGGCACAGUUGAAGAUUCGAGAGUUGCGGUUGGCGUUGACGAUGAUGAACGAUCGAGUGAAAACGGUGACUCAAGAGCGAAAUUAUCUUCGAAGUCAAUUGAAAGAAAUGAGAAGAAAAGAUGUGCAAAAUAUGAGAGAGGAAAGACGAGGAAGAAGCCUGUCAAAAACGAGAAGAAACAGAAUGAGAAGUUCUUCGGAAAGCACGUCAUCAUCGACGAUUGGUUUUUCUUCGGAUGGAGACUCGGAUAUUCGAGAGAUUCGGAAACGGUUGAAUGGUUUGGGACAAAAGUCAAGAGAUUUGGACGCAUGCGCAGAUCGUUUCCUUGGCUUUCGAAGCGCUGUUUCAGCAAACGAUUGGGAAUCGCAGGAAUUGGAUGACUUUUGUCGUGAACAAGUUUCAAGAAAGGGAGAACAUGAAAGACAAAAAGAGAGACACGAGCAAGCCUCGAGACAACGUCGAGUGGAUGAAACGAGUCACCAAGCAGCCGCUAAUGACAGGGAAACCUGGAAAAAUCAACAAUCGAUUCCCGCGCAAAAACCAGCACGGAUCAAUGAGGAAAUGAAAAAUUUAGAAUCUAUCAAAAUCCCCGAUGAAGCUCCCGUGAAAGUAGAAGUUCCUAAAUCUCCGCCAAAGGAGAAGCCCUCUUUUGAGGAAAGACUUCGACAACGGGAAUUGCAAAGGGAGAGAGCGCUGGGAAAUUUGAAUGAUCAACAACAAGGAGAAACAGUGAAAAGAGAGGAAACAGAGACUCAAGCAAACUCUCAAGAGAAUCCCCUUUUUGAGGGAGUCGAUCCGGUGAUGGCAAGUCUCGAACUUGUCGAUGGGAAUGGCAGCAGUCUGAUUUAUGGACAACAAGAGAACGAAAGAAAGAGAGCCGUAUUGUCUCCGGCUGAUGCGAUACCGCUGAAAUUCCGAGAUUAUUGUCAAUUUCUUGAGGAUCCGAUUCACGGAGAAGAAGGUCGACUGGAAAUCGUUAAAGAGCCACGGAAAAUCCCGAAAGAUUACCCAGGAAAAUAUCGAUUGAGGGGAUUGUUGGUGUUGACAAGACAUGGAGAAAGAUCACCGCUAACGAAAAAUGAGAAACUACUCAAUUUGAUCUCCUGUGCGCCAUUUCAUGAGACGGAUCGACGAGCUUUCGAUCGCUACGUAAAGUUAAUUGAAUCGAACGAAUUUCGGAACUUCUACAAAGAGGAUUCAGCUUUAAAGGAGGGAUUCUCGAACUUGCCUCAUCGCUCAAUAUGUGUGCGUGGACAAAUGACCGCUGAGGGAGCAAUGCAGCAUCAUCGAUUGGGGAAUUUCUUCCACGAGCGAUACUGGAACUCGUCUCUGUUGAUGAAUGAUCAACUUGAGGUGUUCACAAUGACAACUCCAUACAAUAGGACAUGGCAAUCGCUUACGGCUUUCGUUUCCGGAUUUCUUUACCCACUCAGAACGAUCACUGGAAAUGUUUAUGCUAAUUUCUCGAGCACCACUUAUUUAUGCUCGGAGCACGAGGAGUGGUGCAAAUGUGAGAAAGCGUUUGAGUGGAGGAGACAAUAUGAAAGGGAACACGUGAAGUACUACCAAGAAGAAACGGCCGCUCUUCUCCGUGAUGAGUGUAAAAUCUUUGAACAAAUCGCCACAACCGAGACUUUCGCUGAUCCUUUUGAUUUUGAAGACAAAAUAUUCGGUUUCUAUUCGUGUCGCCGUCAGCAAUUGCCAUGCACUGUGAAAGGGGAAUGUAUUACGUAUGAGCUUUUGGAAAAGAUAUUUGCUGAGACCACAUUACGUGGGGAAACGAUGUUCAAUCGAGAGACUGACUUCAUUGCAAAGCGACUUCAAAUGGCCGAAGCGUACAGUGUGAUUGGUAAAGUCGCCAAAAUGGUGCCGAUCUUGCAAGAGAAUCCAAAGAAGAACAAGAUUAUGCUCUUAUCGGGUCACGAUACAACGGUUGGCCCGCUAUUGCGAGUGCUGAGGAUUUUGCCGGAAGAUCCACCGAGAUACGCGAGUCGAGUCGUUUUUGAGUAUUAUUCAAACGAGCAGCAGCAAAUCUUCAUCCGAUUACUCUUCAAUGGGAAAGAUCUAACGCCAAAGAAAGAACAAAGGAAAUAUGAGAAUGGACACUCGAAUGAAGCUGGCCCAAGUCAUGUUGAUGAUCCGAUGACCUGGACUUGCUCAAGUUUAUUAGAUGAAGAAGACUAUGAAGAUGCAAAUGAGUCGAACAAAAUCCAAGAAAACCCUGAAAGUAAUCCGACAAAUGGAGAUGGAUGGAUUGAGAGCGCUAGGAAAGCUGGUCGUCAAAUGUGGAAUAAACUGAAAACGAAAGAAACACAACAUCGUUUGUGGACUGCUUGGAACAACAUGAAGUACUCCUCGAUGUUACAAUCGGAUCAUAUGAAUGAUUAUGAAGCCGAAGACACAAUAUCGAUGCUUGGAGCCGAGUAUGAUCCGGAGAAAAAUCAACCUGGGCAAACAUUCGACGACUUUUUCAUCGAUUACUACUCGAGAAUCUGGUUGACGUACAGGAGUGGAUUCGACGAAUUCCCGGGCACAACGAUCCGAUCCGAUUGUGGUUGGGGUUGUAUGUUGCGGACGAGUCAAAUGAUGGUCGCUCAAGCGAUUCUUGUCCUCAGACAUGGCAGAAAUUGGAGAUGGAAUCUACGAGGAAUGAAUUUGAAUGAGAAAAUGCCAGAAACCGCCUGGGAACACUAUGAGAUUCUUCGGCUUUUUGAGGACAAGCCAAGUCUGGAAGCUCCUUUGGGAAUCCAUCGAUUGCUCGAGUUAUCGGGUGGGAAAGCGUCAGCUGAGCGAUGGUUUCGACCAAGCGAAGCGUUGAGUUUAUUGAAACGUGCCAUCCAAACAUCAACCUCAUCAUUGACAGCUGGUUUGGCAAUGGUCGUUUGUUCAGAUGGAACACUCAUUGUGCCGAUUGUCGAGCGGGAAACCAGAAAUUGGACUCGACCACUUUUACUCUUCAUCUGCGUUCGUUUAGGGGCUCAUUCGGUGAACAAGGUCUAUCAUCGACAUCUUCAAUACUUGCUGAAAAUGCCGAACUCGCUGGGAAUCGGCGGUGGGAAGCCGAAUCACUCGACGUACUUCAUUGGGUAUUAUGAUCAGCAAUUGAUCUACUUGGAUCCACACGUCAGUCACCCAUACAUUCCGCUGGAGAAAGAGCUCGAGAAAGAUCACGAAGCAAAACCGAAGCACAAGCCAUUUUCCUCAUUUCAUUGCCGACUUCUCUCAAAAAUGCACAUUUCCGAUAUCGAUCCUUCGUGUGCAAUCGGUUUUCUGAUAAACGGAAAAAAUGAAUUCGAAGAGUCGAUGAGAUUUUUGAAUUUGAACCAAGUGAUCGAUGUGGAAUUGGGAAGAGGACUCGGCUCUAAAAGAACAAAAGAUCCAAUCUUCACAGUACUCUAUGAAGAGCCGAUUGGUGGAGAGACAAGGCAUAUCUCCGAACAAGAGCGGAAACAAGCCGAAGAUCAUGGAUUUGAAUUGCUG